AUGGAAGAGAAGCCCUCAAAAACCCUCAAUUUGAUCGACAAGUUAAUGCAUGCAGCAGAAUCGCCCUCAACUGCUAGUAGUAGCAGAACCAAGUUGAAGAAGAAACGUGACCCAGUAGUGGAAUGUGAUGAUGCUCAGAACCUUCAUACACUUAGUGAAGGGAGCGCUAGGCCGAGUGCUUGUCAUCAUAUUGAUGAGCAGGUGGCUCGUGACCCAGCCUUAUACAAAAUAAAGAAGAAGUUGACUCUAAGUGACCUUGGAAACUUGAGCAGGCUCUUGGUGCCGAAAGAGAUGGUCAAGAAACAUGUUCUGCCUUCGGUGGAUGCCGACUUUGUACAAAGACUCGAGAGCAAAGCCGGUAAACAAGUUACGGUUAAAGACUCUGACAAAGAGACCGAGCAUCAAUUAACUUUUAGAUACUUGAGGUCGUCGAAGAGUUAUGUUUUCAAUGGAAAUUGGAUGGAAAUCGUGAAGGGAAGAGAUUUGAAGAAGGAUGAUGAAAUUGGACUUUACUGGGACACUCUCAAUUCCAAGUUCCACUUUUCUCUUCUGAAAGUUGCAAGCCAAGAAAGCCAAGCUGCCGAUGAAGUUACUCGUGUUCAUCAACAAUGA